UCCUCUUUGGCUCGGGAUGCCCAUCAAGGGCGGGGUUGGUAGCGGUUGAAUCCGGAGCUGGGCGCCACCCACGUGUCCCAGAGCGCAGUGCCGGGCCAGCGCAAACCUUUCCAAGGCCAGCGGCUCCUUGUCGCGGAAGGUUAUUGCAGGCGAAGCCCCGCUCGGGCCCCGGGAGCUGUGCGCGAAGCACGAGCGGCACGCGCGGGUCCCCGGCUCCGAGCCGCAGGGUGCGGGUGCCCGCCGACCCAGCAAGCGAGCGCGGGAGGAGGAAGGGUGGGCGCUCAGGCGGCGGGGAGGCGGAUCCCGGGGGCAGCAAGGGCCACGCUGCGGUGCAGGCGGCGGGACUGCAGUGUAUCUCUUCGAGAAAGCCCACACGCUCACACGCCCGCGCGCGCAAGCACGUGCACACCGUGGGCAGCGAGAACACAAGCGCGCAAGAGCCCUUGAGUGCGGGACGCAUUUCAGCGAUGGCUUCUGCCCUCAACAGCAAAAUUCACGCGCCCGGGACUUGCCCGGGCUCCAAAGCCGAUGCCUGCAGUGGCGCAGGCUGGAGAAUGGAUUGUGAUCCCGAGAUGCACGUGAAAAUGUGCAAGAAGAUUGCCCAGCUCACCAAGGUGAUCUACGCGCUGAACACCCGCCAGGACGAAGCCGAGGCCAGCAUGGAGGCGCUGCGGGAGGCCCACCAGGAGGAGCUGCGGAGCGCGGUGGCCGAGACCCAGGCCAGGCUCUUGCAGGAGCAGGGCCGCGCGGGCGAGGAGGCCCUGCGGCAGCGCAUCCAGGCCCUGGAGAGCGCCCUGGAGCUGCAGAAGCGUAUGACGCAGGAGGCGCUGGCCCAGUCGGCCACGUGCAGGCUGGAGACCAAGGAGAGGGAGCUGAGGGUGGAGGCCGAGCAUGCCGAGCGCGUGCUCACCCUCUCCAAGGAGAUGCUGGAGCUCAAGGCCGACUACGAGAAGAGGCUCCGGCACCUGAGCGGCCAGGAGGCGCCCCGGUGGAGCCCAGAGCCAAAGGCGGAGCCCGGCAGCGGCGGCGGCGGCCUGGAGAUGCGGGAGGUCCUGCUGGAGGUGGAGCGGCUGCGGGCCGAGAACCAGCAGCUGAGCAAGGACUACGCCCGCAAGGCCGAGGAGCUGCAGGCCACCUACGAGCGGGAGAACGAGGCCAUCCGGCAGGCCAUGCAGCAGUCGGUGAGUGAGGCCCUGUGGCAGUGGCAGGAGAAGGAGACCGACCUCCGGAAGAACUUCCAGGUCCAGGAGUCGGCCCUGCAGGCCCAGGUCCGGAAGCUGGAGGGGGAUCUGGAGCACAGAGGCCGCAGGAUAAGUGACCUGAAGAAGUACGCCCAGAAGCUGAAGGACAGGAUCCAGGACCUGGAUGUGCAGCUCAAGGAGGCUCGCCAGGAGAAUUCAGAGUUGAAAAGCACUGCAAAAAAGCUUGGGGAGAAGCUGGCUGUUGCUAAAGACAGGCUGAUGCUGCAGGAGUGUCACAUGACACACAAAACCGAUGACAUGAAGAUGGAGAGAGUUCCAGAGAAUGAAGUCCUUGAGAAAGAGAAUGAUUUGGAAUCCCACAGUGGCUAUCCACAGCAAGAUCAGAACUUUCUCAAGGAGUGCCCGUGCACGAAAGGAGGCCCAGAUACACAGACCAAGAAAGAGGCAAGUAUUGAGACGGAACAUAUGAAGCAGCAAUACGAAGAAGACCUUCGUAAAAUCAAACAUCAGACAGAAGAGGAGAAGAAACAUCUCAAAGAGCAGCUGGUGAAGCGGCUGGAGGACUUGGUGAAGAAGCACUCAGUGGAGAUCAGAUCCGUGCGUGCGACCGUGGAGGCUGAAAGGAAGAGGCUGCAGAAGGAAGUAGAAGCACAGUUGGAGGAAGUGAAGAAGAAAUCAGAAAGUGAAAUAAAGCACCUUGAAGAGGAAAAAACCGCCCUGAGUGUAAAGCUCCAGAAUUCGCUGCUUGAGGUUUUACGGCUGGAAGAAUUUAUCCAACAGAAUAAGGUACAUCCGCCAAGAGGUGAUGAAAGGCCCCAGGAAUUGGACCAUCAGCAGUGCAGCAUUUUAGAGACCCAGGAUCCGUGCUUGAAGUCGAAUGAACCUUCUCAGACUCUGCCCAGAGGAGAGGAGUAUCCAGAUAAGGUAGCAGCUGGAGAAGGAACCAGCAGCGACAAGGAGGAAAGGAUCGAAGUGCCCCUCAAAGAGGGAGGUGACCUGCAGCCUCCACUGGGCCCUUUGCCGAAGGAGAAGACACUGGACCUUGAGUGUCUGCAGGAGGAGUGGCAGAGCCAGAAAACCAGACUACAAGCCCAGGUCUCUCAGAUGCAGCAGGCUCUGGAGCAGUGCGCCAGCAGCUACCGGGAGGACCUGCGGGAACUCAAGCAGCUCUCAGACCAAGAGCGAGAGCAGCUGCAGCGCGAGCUCCAGGAGACGGUUCAGCAGAACCAGGCUGCGAGAGCUCAGCUCGAGGCUUCCCACCAGCGAGCCCUCCGCGUGCUUGAGAAAGCCAAAAACCAGGAACUCAAGGCCACAGAGGAGCGCUUGAAGAAGGAAUCCAGCCACAGCCUCCAGAUCCAGCACCAAGCACAUCGGCUGGAGCUGCAGGCCUUGGAGGAGAAGGCACGGCAAGAGCUCCAGGGGGCGCUGGAGAGGAUGCAGGCUCAGCAGGCGCUGCUGCUAGAGUCCCUGAGGCAGGAGCUGUCGGAGCAGCGGGCUGCCUGCUCUGAGCACCAGAAAGACUUGGAGAUGCUGCAGGCUGAGCGGAGGGCCCCAGGCAGCAUGGGCAGGCGGCAGGCCAUCACCCAGGAUCCAGGGGACAGCGAGGGCCACACCACCGGAGAGGAAGGAGGCUGCCCGGGCCAGGAAGCUCCCCCCAAAGGCAAGGGCGCCGUGGAACAGGAGCCCGGCGACGGAUGUGGCCUCUGGGAGGAGAACUCCCAGCUCAAGGAGGCCGUGCAGCGGCUGCAGGCGGAGGUGGAGCAGCACCAGCAGGAGGCGCUGCAGCUCCGAGACCAGCGCAGGCUACUGGAGGAGGAUCAGCAAGCCCAGCGGGCCCGGGAGCUGGAGCUGCUGCGCCAGGAACACCGCAAGGAGAUGCAGGCCAUGGUGGCCGAUUUCAGCAGUGCUCAAGCCCGGCUCCAGGCCCGGCUGGCUGCCCUGGAAACCGAACUGAAAGAUUCCGGAGAGAAGCCAGGGAAGGGGGCGUCCAGGCCGGAGGAUGUUCAGCUCAUAGGCCGUUUGCAGACCCGCCUGAAGGAGAGGGAGGAGAUCAUCAAGCAGCUCACGGAGGAGAGAAGAUUUCAUUACGCUGCGUUCCCCGGUGCAAUGUCCCAUCGGAAUCGGUCUUUCUCUUUCAAUCCUCACCCAGGGUAUUUGACCCCUUCUAUGAAGAAAAAGAAGAUGGAGGAAGUACCCAGCCGAGUGGUCAGCGUGCCAAACCUCGCUUCCUAUGCCAAGAACUUUCUGAGUGGGGACCUGAGCUCCAGGAUCAGCGCCCCUCCAAUAACUAAGUCACCCAGCUUAGACCCAGGCCCCAGCUGUGACCGGCCUUACAAACCUACCCCGUCUCUAGAUGCGAAAACUGCCACAAGGGCACAAGAUGAUGAAACAGCCCAAUCCAAAGAAGUCCAGCAGAAACAGGGCUCAGCCCACCAGGAAUGGUUUACCAAAUAUUUUUCCUUCUAAACUAAUAGAAUGCUUGAAAAACAUCUCUUUGAAACAUCUGAUCGAAGGAGAAAAAAACAAAACAAAAACCAAAUUAACUUGCUUGUUACGAUUUACAUAUAGAACUAAAACAAAUUCUUGCAUUAACAUUUCAUAUGGUUUCACAGGGUGACAUUGUGACAUUAAAACGAGCCACUGUUAGCAGAAUGCGCCCAUAGUGUUACUGAUAACCUCCACGUAUUUCUAGUGUCUCUGAGACUACUUCCACCUCGUGGAAUAUCUGACUUUGUGAUUUCUAUUGUCUGCUUUUAAAGUGGUUCCAUUUUUCUUAGGAUGCUGGUCAUCUUCAUUUGAAAAAUAUUUCUAUGUAAAUGAUGUUAGUUCCAAAAUGCAAAUCUAACCUCAAGAGCAAGAGGAAUAAAACAAAGCUCAAAACAACCAGGAAAGCCAAUUUUAAAAAAACAAAGAAAACAAAACUACUAGAAGUGGACUAUAGUAGGCCCUGGCAUACGUGGAUCACAUAUUUUGACGUCUAGGACAUGAAGUAGAUUAUAGAGGGCAUAACACCUACCUCAAAGGGGCUUUUUGAGCUUUCAACAAAAUAAAAUGGGCAGUAAUACCAAUCAUGAAUUGGAAUUAAGCCUUGUCAGGUUUUUUCUGUGAAUAACUGAGCCUCGCCCCGUCAUACUUCUCAGUUUCAGUGCCUGCAACGUGAGCUUGGUCAUUUGUGAAGGUUUCUAGGUUACCUGUUCUUUGAAGUCAAAGAUCUGCUGAGCCUCUUGUCUUGCCUCAUGGUGCCCAGUGCAUGGAUGCUCAGUAGAUUAAAGCAAACGGAGAAUGGCCGUGAACAGAGCUGACUGGUCAGCUGAAAAUCCACACUGAGCUGUUGAACCCUCUGAUGGAGCAGUGCGAUUUCAUAAGACUCAGUACAACUUUUAGUGGGCAAAUACAAUCUCAAAAUCCUUCGGUGCUGGCCCAGCAGGUGGCCCAUAAACAGCUGUCUAUUCUAUGCACUGUCAAAUCUUUGCUCUUUGAAUAAAACUUUAAACAACUGGGCAAUAAAAA